GACACGGCCAGAGCACUGAGAGAUAUCAGGUAUUGAUGUAACUGGAGUGAAUAAGGGUACCUUCUUCCUGAGCACAGACAUUGGAGCCUGUUAUCAGCAUGAACUCAUAUGUGUUAGACAAUCACUUGAAUAGUUCAUAUCCACCCUUUACUACAGGAAGCAUCAGCAUGAUACCACAGACUCCAAAAGUCUCAAACACUAAUGACUAUUCACAAACAUUGGAGAUAUCACAGCAGAUAUUUAAAGAACAUGGUGAAUUGGAAGGAACUGGGCAGCAAUCAUUCUGUACCGAGAGUAAUUUAGUCAUCAAACAAGAGGACAACAUUGAUGCCUUAUCUAGUGAACUGAUUAUCCCUGAGGAUAAACCACACACAUUUAAUGAGUUUUCAAAACAUUUUAAAGAAGGCAAAAGUCUUAAGUCUAGUCAAAUGAUUUAUACAAAUAAGAAACCAUUUAAAAGUACAGAAUGUGAGAAAAGCUUCACAUGUAAUUUGCAUCUCCUUGAACACCACACAGUUCACACAGUUGUGAAAACUCACACAUGUACAGAGUGUGGGAAAUGUUUCACAUCUAAAGAGAGCCUUAAUUAUCACAAAAAGACCCACACAGGGGAGAAACCUUUCACAUGUAAUGACUGUGGGAGAUGUUUCACAUCCAAGGGAAGUCUCAUAUCUCAUGAAAAGACCCACACAGGUGAGAAACCUUUUGCAUGCAAUGAGUGUGGAAAAAGUUUUAAACGAAUAAGUCAUCUGAAAAAUCAUGAAAGGAGUCACACAGGGGAAAAGCCUUUCACGUGUACAGAGUGUGGAAAAUGUUUUACACAAAUAAGUAAUCUGAAAACUCAUGAAAGGAGUCACACAGGGGAAAAGCCUUUCACAUGUACAGAGUGCGGAAAAUGUUUUACACAAAUAAAUAGUCUGAAAACUCAUGAAAUGAGUCACACAGGAGAAAAGCCUUUCACAUGUACAGAGUGCGGAAAAUGUUUUACACAAAAGAGUAAUCUGAAAACUCAUGAAAGGAGUCACACAGGAGAAAAACCUUUCACAUGUACAGAGUGUGGAAAAAGUUUUACACUAAUGGAUCAUCUGAAAACUCAUGAAAGGAUUCACACAGGAGAAACACCUUUCACAUGCACAGAGUGUGGAUAUGGAUUUACAAACAAGAGGGAUCUAAAAACUCAUGAAAGGAUUCACACAGGAGAAAAACCUUUCACAUGUACAGAGUGUGGAAAACGUUUUACACUAAAGAGUAAUCUGAAAACUCAUGAAAGGAGUCACACAGGAGAAAAACCUUUUACAUGUGCAGAGUGUGGAAAAAGUUUUACACAAAUUAAUAGUCUGAAAACUCAUGAAAGGAUUCACACAGGAGAAAAACCUUUCACAUGUACAGAGUGUGGAAGUGCAUUUACAAACAAGAGGGGUCUUAAAACUCAUGAAAGGAGUCACACAGGAGAAAAGCCUUUCACAUGUACAGAGUGUGGAAAAAGUUUUACGCGAAUGUAUAAUCUGAAAAGCCAUGAAAGGAUUCACACAGGAGAAAAACCUUUCACAUGUUUAGAAGGUAGAAAAAUGUAUCCCAUGCCAGUCAGGUAUCACGAAAACACCAAAUAUUUACACAUAAAAUAAACUUUAUAUGCACUAUGUGGAAACCUGUCUCUUGUUCCUCUAUACAUGUGCACCUCAGUUUCUCUUAUAUAAAUAUGAUAGAAUCCAAAUACGACACAGGAAUAUACAAAUCUGUCCUCAUACUGACCAGUUUACACAACCAUUCACCACCAAAGCACCCCCAGUGUUGUUUAUUAAUAUGCCAGUGUUAGGAGUUGUACGUUACAUUUACAUAGAGGAGGAAAUCAUUAUAUUCACAGGAUAAAGGAGUCUUUAUAUAAAUAGAGUGUUAGAGAAUUAUAUAAACAAGAACAUCAGUAUCAAAUGAUUGACAUCUGCAAGAUAUAUUUAUUGUGCACAUUAUGUGAACAAACCUUUUUCUUAUAGCAAUAGAUGCUUAGCAUUGUACAUUUUAUAUACCAGAGGAAUUACU